AUGGGAACUACUUAUGAAUAUACAUAUGAAUAUAAUGUAGCUGAUUCGAAUAAAAAUCAUCGAGCUCAUGCUGGUAACACUGGUGGCAAUCCUAAUACUGGACAUAGUACUCAACGAACAGCUGGACAACAACAAUCAAAUUUUGGUUCAACAUCCAAUCGUACAAAUAAUAAUGAUCCUUUAGUAAAUCUUCAACAUGAUCGUAUUUGGAAUAAACUUUAUGAUCCACUUAAUCAAGAUAAAUCAGCACAUGGAGCUGAAAUCCAGGUUUGUUAUUUUAUUAUAAUAAAACAAAUGACCUUUUGUUUUAUAUUUAAACUAAAGUAUUAUUCUACUUAUACUAUUAUGAAAACAUAAGAUAAUAGCUAUUUUUAUUCGAUUUUGUUUUCUUUAUAUUCCAAUGACAUUAAAACAAGUUUCAAAUAUCACCAUUAGCUAUUUUAUUGUUCUGUUUCUUUCUUUCUUUCUUUCUUUUU